AUGGCCACGACCAAAACCGUGGAACAAGCCUUCCACACCGGCCUUCCCCGCUGCUACACCCCAACCCGCUACCGGCCCAUAACAAAGGCGCCCCCGCUGUCCACCCCGGAGGACGGCCACAUCUACAAACUCAUCAAAUGGACUCCCGCGCAGACGUACCUGGACCAAGCGCGCGAGCGCUACAGCGCGCUGACCACCCAGGACCGCAGCCUCCGCGACGCUGAGCUCCCGACACUGACCCUGCCGGAACUCGCGACGGCCGAGGAUGUCGGCCUGAUGACGGAAUUCAACCUGAUCCCCGGGGUGAAGCGUCUCGUCGAGGGCAGCUGGCUGGGCGGCGAGCUCACCGGCCGCUUCACGAACGGGCCCUGGGGCGAGAAGCUGUACGUCUGGACCCUCCGGCUGGCGUGGGGGUUCAGCACCGACGUCGCCGUGCUGGUGAUCAAGCCGCCGAACCAGGUGCGCGGGCAGGAUUACUUUGGCGUCGUGGGCGGGGAGCGUCAGCGGGGUGGCGACAAUGCCGACGCCGACAACAAGAACGACAACGACAACACCACCACCAAAAACAACCCAAUCCUAACCCACGGCCUCCAAGCCAACGCCAUCCCCCACACCCAGCAAGCCAGGAAGUACGGCGCCGAGCAGGGCAUCUCCCACGUCGCGCUGUUCGACUUCCAGCAUCUGGUGCUGCUGGACCUGGACCUCGACGGUGACAUGCGCCAGAAAGAGAAUCCCGGCGACAGCGACGUGAUGCCCGAUCUGCUCACGGUGACGUACUUCGACGAGCAGGGCCGCGAUCUGGCGAAUGGUGAGUGCUUCCAUAUGGUCCUCCUCGGGUUUGUGCUGAGCGCGAUGGACCGCGUGCCCUCGCUGCUGCAGAAUCAGCUGAAGCCGGGGGCUUCUGAGACGUCGGCCCCGCACCGGGUACGAGAGGCGUAG